UACGCUAGGCGCCAGAUUUGUAACAGUGUGGAAUGAGCUACCGCUGAGAAGAAAAAGGCGGUUUGGGUCGCUUUUCUGACUUUCUCCUGCUGGUUCUAAUCGAUUUCGAUCCGUUUCAGCCCUUCGUCAUGGAUCAACAGACCGGAUACUCGCCCAGCUUCAAGCGACCGGCGGAAAUUAUGCGAAUGAGGAGAAAACGAGCUCGAAGCGACGCUGCUGUUCUCCGCAGCCCGAGUGGCCUGGAUCCCUCUGACAGUCCCGGACAAAGCAGCUCUUCCGCGACGUGCGUUCGGCCUUUCUCCCCUGGACCGCUUUUCAGCAUCCAGAACCGGUCCGGAGGAGGCACGAAGCGCAGGAAUCCUUUUGCAAACAUUGAAAACACCGGAAGUACUUGCAGCCCAAGGAAGAAGCUUUUCAUUUAUAAUGAAACUGACAAAGAGGUAGAAACUUCGACACAGAAGGAGGAAGAUGAGGCGACAGAGAGGAAGCGGACGGAGGCAGAACAUCAGCAGAACCGAGCCACCAAGAGCCCCGAAUCUCCAUCUUCCAUCGCUCCCUCUUCCAUCUCUCCAGCCUCCAUAUCUCCAGCCUCCAUCUCUCCUCCAGUCUGCACAGAGUACCCCCCAGACUGGAGUCUAAAGACCCGGGUCCUCUUCACCUCCCCUCUCUCCCUGUCCUGGACCGAGCAGCCCAAAGCUCAGGAGGAGGCUGUGGGCCUCAGUCACAGCUGCAGAGCUCAGUUCUUCAGUCCACCUCACAGUCUACAGGAUCCCAGGUCCUGCUCGGAGCUCCGAUCCGCCUUCCAGCAGAGUCUGGUGUACUGGCAGCAUCCCUCCCUGCCUUGGCUGUCUCUGUUCCCCAGGAUCAACGCUGAGAGGAGCUUCUCGGGACGGAGCACCCCAUGGGCUCAAGAUGUGGCGAUGCAGCAGAGUCUGAUGAGGGAAUGGUCCGUCAGUCUGUCGUCUCUCUACAAUCUUUUAAAGUCCAGACUCUGUCCGUACUUCUACCUGUGCUCCUAUCAGUUUACGGUCCUGUUCAGGGCAGCCGGUCUCGCUGGAUCUGGAAACAUCACAGCUUUAAUUUCUCCAACAACUCGAGGUUUCAGAGAGGCGAUGAAGGCCGAAGGUAUAGAGUUCAGUCUCCCUCUUGUGGAGAAGAGGAAGAGGAGCCGGGAUCCACACAACCUGAUGGCGGAUGAAGGGGAAGAGGAUGAAGAAGAGGGGGAGUUACGCUCACAGCAGGAGGAAGGAGAAGAUGAUGGCGGUGAUGAAGAUGGCAGCUUCUCGUGGCUGAAGGAGAUGGGAGUCCAGGACAAGAUCCAGAGACCAGAUGGCAUCACCAUCCAACUACGUAAGGAGGCCCACAGUGUGUGUGUAGACCAUAAACCAGAGUCUGUGGUGUGUGUGGAAGGACCACACACUUUCACCCUCAUCAACUUCCUCAUCAACUGGAAGGGUGUGGUGGCUGCAGCUGGUUCUCAGGCGGGGUUACCUCCAACUCUGCUGGCUCCUGCUGCUUUCAGAGGAGCAACCAUGCACAUGCUGAAGGUCCGCAGUGUGAACGCGAAGAGUCAAGUUGGUUCUACGUACCAGAACAUCAGCAGUCUGGAGCUCACAGGACCCAUCCUCCCCUCCUCUCUUCAUGCCAUCACCACCCUCCUCCGACCUGCACAGAAAGGCAACUUUUCAGCUGUUCUGUACACACAUCCACCUUCAGCUGUGAUGAACGUAAACAGCAGAAAUCAGCAGUGUGCUGAUCUGUCUGUUGACCUGUCGGGUUGUGGCCUCCGUCCUGCUUCCAUCCAGCAGCUGCAGCAGCCGUCCAGCCUGGGAAAGACGGCUCUGACGCAUGUUACUAUGAACGAUUACGGCUACGCCUGGAAGAACUAACACUGCUGAGACGACUAGUGUGUGAUGACAUUAACUGAAGCAGCUGUAAUGUUGCCUGAUCUGCUUUGUUUCAACCACAUUCACUUUUAAUGCUUCACUGGAUUUUAAAAUCUAUAUUUUUUAUUGUUUUUGUGAAACUUUUUGUCCAUAUUCAUAAGUUGUCGUCUACAGAAUUAUUUUAUUUGACUUUUAUAUGAUUUAGGAAAACAUAAAAGAAAUUGUUUCAUGUUUGUAUUAGAUAUUUUUUAUGAAAUGAGUUUUACUUUAAUAAACUUAUACUGGGUAAAUGAACGGUUUAAAUAUGUAGCAAAGCUUCUCUCAGUUUUAAAUCUGAACUUAUUUUUAGCCAGUUUUGUUAAACAGAUUCAAACUAAUGUUGCAUCAAUUAUUGUCUAAUUUUAACCCAACAGUGUCUGAACUUUUUUCCCUCUUUAUGAAAGUAAAUUUGGAGCGACUUGUCUUCUCCCAGACUUUCAGUUUUUUCAUUUGUAACCUGACAGAUGAAACCAAAUGAGUUUUCAUUGUGAUGCAUGUGUGACCAGCCUGUAAGUCAAGGGCUUUAUCUUGUUUCUGUAGAACACCCCGACCACCUAAACAACCCUCUUCACCCAGCCCAUAGGUCUAAGUUGGAGGAACGCUUGUGGCAAGAGAUGGGCAGAGACGACGUGUUCCCUCAGGAUAACAAUAUUUAUUAACGCUCUAAAAUAUUAUCCAAAUUUGGGGUUUUCAUUAGUCGUCAGUUAUAAUCAUCAAAAUGAAAAGAAAUAAAACUUUGAAUGAUGUCAGUCUGUGAGGAAUAAAUGUCUACAUCAUACAAGUG